GUAAAAAAUAUAUAGAAAAAAAAAAAAGAAAAAAAGCAUUCACCUUCCUUUUUCUCAUUUGAAUCUCACUAAAAAGUUAUUCUGUUGAUGGGAAUGUCACAAUGGAGCCACUUGACAUUGCCGCUUCCCCACUUUCAGAACUAGGGCCUGAAAAGGACCCUUUGCGAGCAGAACCAGUAACAGACACAGCCAGCAUAUCCAAUAGUAAUGAUUCUAAUCUAUCCUCGACUCUCAACAGCAAUACCUCAGGAACAAAGCCCACGCUUACCCUACCCCUUUGGCCAUCCGCUACAUCCUCAUCAUCACAACCAGACUAUAACUUAGGGCCACAACCACAACCACAACCACAACCACAACCACAACCACAACCACAACCACAACAACAGCAACAUCAGCAAUAUAUGAUGGAGGAUGCUACUAUCAUACCAUCAUGUGACGAGAAUUCGGUUGGGCAAUACAAUGAAGACCUUGCACUUCAUACACAAUUACAGCUCCAGCUAUACCUCGAGGACCUUGGGGAGGUCGACACUGAAGCUGAAGUACAAAUCGAGGCAGUCCUUGCAGCAACACUACAACCCCCUGAUGAAUUAAACCCACUACAUGACUAUUCAACCCCAUCAUCUAAUAUGGAGGCGAACCCGAUUGAGAACUCUACACAGUUUUCACAGUAUUUUCAAGAACAAAUGUUGUCACUUGAAUCGACUGCGCUGGCAGCAGCAGCGACCGCUCCUCAACCUAUUUCGCUGACACUGGAGCAAGAUGGCCUAGAUCUACACGGACAUGAAGAGGCUCUACAUGCCUUGCAGGACGAAAUGGAUGACGACGACGAAGAGUGCCUCCCUCCGAGUGAGACCAAAUAUAUUCUGUAUGACGAUCAUGUCUCACCCAUUAGUAUCUCAGAUGCUCUCAUUAUCCUCAACGGUAGUCUAUAUGGAGACCUAGUGGAUGUAGCUAUUACCAUGGACGAUCCUCUCUGCGACAGCAACAACCCCAAACGCUGUCGAGGCACUUCCCAUCAUGAUCACAACGGGGAUUGUCCUAUUUAUAGUGUCCAUUCCUCAACGCCGACCAUAAUGAGUGCUCAUACGCACAAUCGAGAGGAGGGAGAUAGCAUGUUUGAUGGAGAUAACGAUGCGAGUGCAUUGGAGGCAAUGAGGCUUGAAAUGGACAGCAAAGGCACUAUACUUUUUAGAAACCAAAUGAACAAAUAUACCAAAAACAAUAUCAGCAAUGAGGAUGAGUUGACUUUUAACAAGAAUAACAACAACCAUAACGACAUGGGAUCACAGCUGGAUUAUGAGAACAUGGUAGAUCAAGCACAGACACAGGAAGAGCAGUUCCUAUCGCCACCUACGAGCACGGGCAAUCUAUUGGGGAAUUUUGAGGCGGAUGAUCCAUUACUGGGACGAUCUACUCAUCCAAAUGGAGAGGAUAUUUCGCUGAAUCUGGCUGGAAACAUGGUUUCGCCCAUUAGUAUUCAUGACAUCUUCUUUAGUCGUUAUUAUUCCAGGAUUGUGUACCUGAAUUUGUGGGAUACUAACCUGGGCACAUGGGGUGCACAGGCUGUAGGUGGCUUGAUGGCAGAUAGAGCCUGUCGAAUCCAGUAUCUAAAUCUGGGCCGAAAUCGGCUUGGUUUUGAGGGGAUUGUUCAACUUUCGGGACUGUAUAAAAAUCAGUCUUUAGUGGAGUUGGAUCUAAGCGAGAAUCAUCUCGGGCCCAAGGCUGUCCACUCUUUACAGCAGAUCAUGGUUAGGCUCGAGAAGGACAAACCUUGCAAUAUUCGGCGGCUCGAUCUAUGCAAUAACGAUAUCAACGAUGUCGGCUGUAUUUCCAUUGCGAAAAUCAUUCAUAGUACAAAGAUCACUCAUAUCAACUUAUCCUUCAACAAGAUCUCGGAUUGGGGAGCCUCCACGAUUUUGGCCGCUUUCGAGUCAAGUGAUCUGCCUCUCAAAGACAUCAACAUGGAAGCCAAUCCUUUGUCGUUUGCGGGAGGUGUUGAUAUUUGUAAGAUUUUGGUCCUGCCUCAAUCUAGGAUCACUCAUCUAGACCUUCGAGGCGCCAAAGUCACUGAUGUAGGUGUUCCGUACUUGGCAGAGGCUCUCAAGUCACAUCAAUGCCCUGUUGUUUCACUCAAUCUUUAUGACUGUCAGCUGACAGAUGGAGGUAUUCUGAAACUCGCCAUCAAGCUGAGUGUCAACGUAUCUUUGCGCGUUUUGAAUCUUGGCUGUAACUGCAUUGGUGAUAUGGGGAUCUUGGCCCUUAGCCAGGGUCUGUGUCUCAACAACCACCUGGAAGAGCUUGAUUUGAGCGAGAACGACGUUGCACUGAGCCGUGCAGGACUAGAAGCCUUGAUUUCUGCCAUGCGGACGAAUACCACAUUACUGGUCUUGAGACUAGAUGUGGACGGCAACCCGAAUGCAGGUCUUUCAAGUCACAGCGGAGGUGGAGGACUGUAUCCUGAGCUCUUUCAAUCAAGUGAAGCUGAUACCCACCAUCAGCAGUACCUGUCACCACCUCCUUCACGUCAAUAUCAGCAGCAACAGCACCUUCAGCCUCAGGCUCAGGGCUAUUUCCCAGACCAGAUUCAGGGGUCAUCCAAUAUCAUCGAAAAUACAGCCGAGACAUUGGCUAAUAUCAACCCCUUGGAAUUCAUGGUCCCGACAGAGGCACAGGUCGGUGAAGUAUUGGGAUCGACACAUGCUUCCUCAAUCUUUCCUGCACAUCAGCCAUUGUUUUCGCCAGUCAUUCCUAUGCCAGUUUUGCAGAGCUAUUUGCAUCCUCAGCCUCAAGGCUUUUUUGCGCAGGGACUAGGAGGGGGAGGGGCAGGGCAAGCAGAAGUAGGCAAUGGCAGAAAUGCACGGGAUAUUGAGGAAGAACGAGCUCAAAUGAAAGUGGCGUUGAAAACACUCAAGACCUAUGUUCGUCUCAAUUUCAAGCGAGCGAGCCGGCUUCACAGAUUAUGUUUUGAAAUACUAGUGAAGGCCAGGAUCCUGAUGUUUGCCAAAGAUGCUGGUGAUUACAUGAUCCCUACUGCUGCUACGAGUACUUGCACCCUGACUGACACUGAAGAUAGUGAGACCCUUCAUCAAGAAUCAUCUUCAGCAAUGAUACCUAUCCAAACAGGAUUGCCCACCCCCCCUGCAACCCUGGACACAGAACAUGAGUUGCAGGAUCCUUUGAACAAUGGGUCAGGAGUAGAAGGUAACCAAGAAGAAAAAAUGAGCACAAUAGACAAGGCUGAGACAGUAGAACCGUCCCAAUUGCUGCUUCAGUACCCUUUGGAGAUCAAUAGUCCAAGCCCUCGAGGGACUCUUGCGGGACUGCCAUGGGAGAUCAAAGAGAUGAUCCUACGGUUUUUGGAUCAUGAGGGACUGUUGAGCGAGCGACAGUUCCAGACGAUUAUUAUGUAUGCAGGGUCAAAUUGGGAAACUACGCGCAAGCCAUGGGAACGUUGGGGCGAGAUCCGAGAGGCCAUUCUGGAAAAGACUCAAUGCUAUUAUUAUGAGUCUUAA